GGAGAGUUUGUCCCAAUGUGGCUUCCGUAACAGCUGAAGACGUACUCGUGUGCUUCGACUUGUGUCCAGUGUGCGGUUGAUUCCUUAUGGUUUGAAUUCAGUUUAGGGCUGUUCGAUAUUUUCACGGACUAAAAGACAAUGGGGGGACAAGCUAAAAGAAAACAGACGAGUAAACCGAAAAGGAAACCGAGGGCCAGCAGCGGAGAAUCAGGGAUGGCGGAGCUAUCGGCGCAAGAGCGAAUGAAAUUAAAGAUGCAGGAGAGAGCAAAGAAGAAAACAGCUCAAAAAUACACCUCGGAGCAGCUGCUGCAAAAGACUGAAGAAUGCAUGGAUAACUUCGAUUUUGAAAUGGCGCAGAUGUUUUGCCAGCGUGCUUUAGACCUGGAGCCCACAAAUCUUAAGAUCCUGGAUAUGCUUGGCAACAUUUGUGCAGAGUUGGGAAAUAUGGAAAAGGCAAAACAGGUGUUCCUGAAGGCCGUGGAGCUCAGUCCAGAAGAAGGUCACAGCAAGUACAUGUACCUGGGACAGAUCCAUUCUGGGAUGGAAGCAGUGCAGUACUUCAGCAAAGGCAUUGAGAUCAUGCUCAACCUGUUUGAAAAACAGACACAAUUAGCAGGAUCAGCAGCAGCGGCAUUUUCAACCCACGGCCCUGAACUGACAAGCAAGGAUAUUUCUGUGGCUUUCUGUUCUGUCGCUGAAAUUUUCUUCACUGACCUCUGCAUGGAAGAAGGAGCAGCAGAGAAGUGCAAAGAAGCCAUUGAAAAAGCUCUGUACUACGAGCCUGCCAACCCUGAAGCCCUGCAGCUAAUGGCCAGCUAUCUCUUCAGCACUGAAAAGCCUCAGGAGGGGAAGGAGUUCCUAAUGAGAAGUGUUGCCUUGUGGCUUCCCAGCCUGCGAAAGGAUACCGAACCAUCGUCAGGGGAAGCACAAGAAGAAACAGAGAAUGCAGAAAGGAUGCAGAAUGAGAUUCCACCAUAUGAAUCCAGGAUAACCACUGCCAAGCUACUUAUUGAAGUCGAGGAAUAUGAGACCGCCACAGAAGUCCUUGAAAGCCUUUUAGAAGAGGAUGAUGAAGUUGUUCAGGUUUGGUAUCUGUUGGGGUGGGUGUGCUAUCUUCAAAAAGAGAAGACUGAGGAAGCUGAAGCUUUUAAGGAAUCUGCAAGAACCUAUCUCACAAAGGCCAAACGGCUGCAUGCGAAGCUGAAAUGUGACGACUCUCAGAUGCUGGAGCACACCGAACAGCUUUUGAGCGAGUUGGGCCCUGGUGAAGGGGUAGAAGGGUCAGAUGAAGAUGAUUUGGACAACGUCGAAGAUGACUUUGUGGAGAGCAGUGAGGAUGAAGCCAUGGAACAGUAACAUUUGGUGCGGAGGAUGUAGUGGUACUCCAUAUGAUCAAAAUGUCAGUUGCAUUUAACACUUGUUCUCAGCCAGUGAUGUAAUUUUCUUUUUUUCUUUAGUCAGUUUUAUACAGUUUUGUAUUCAUCCCCCAUAUUAAUAUUUUUAAGCAGAGACUUGCUUGCUUUACAGUAAGUGCCUUUUCAUACAAGCCUUAAUGAUUAAUGAUUAAACCUUUAGCGUGGAUUAAAUGUGUCAGUAAAAGAUAUUAGUUUCACAUUAAGUGAGAAUGGGAUCAACAGGGAAUCUUCUCAUGUAAUUUAUAAUUGGUUUGGAAUUAAUGAGACUUAUUAUGAAGACUAGUCUCCAAAUUAAUAAAGCAUCUGUUUCUCAGAAAGUAAAAUAAAAGAAAAAAAACUACAUAAUUACUGUUAUCAUGCCUCCAUUAAAGUGAUGUUUAUGAACAAUGAAGGCUUAAGUCUAUUUUAAGCCUACAAUUAUACAUAAUUUUCUGUUUUAAAAUGUAAAGGCUAAAAAAUGAAAAGGUGCACAAUCUCUUUAUUUACUUGACUAUUGAAUUCCAUAUGAGAUUUAAAAAAAACAUCCAGCUCUAUAGUUUCUGAAAGAAUAGCACAUUAGAAAAAUCAGUGCCUGAUUAAGAUGCACAGAGAAGGUUUGUAAAAUAUAAAAUACAUUAAAAGUCAAGGAAAUGUCCUUUUUUAUCACUUUGCUUCUGAUAAAAUAAUGUAUAGCUUUUACCUGCAUAUUAGGACAUGUUGUGUAUCAUUUUGUCAAUAUACUGUACUAUUAUCUAUCAAUCCUUUCAUAAUCGGAAUGUAGGCUGUAGGAAAUCAGAGCCCAUUCCUGAAACACAGGGCAGAAGGCAGUACCAUACCCCAGAUGAAACCCUUAGGGACACCCAGUAAUAUAGGUAAGAGGAAUCUGGACCACCUGGAGAACAGUGGCAGAAUAUACAGUACAAGCUCCACACACAAGUCACCUCUGUCCAGAAUCAAACCAAAGAUCAAAGUUGUGAAGCAACAGCACAAAUUGUGCAACCUUACUGCCCAAAAUACAGCUAGUACACAAAUGAUGAAUAGCUACAGACUAAUGCUGUAUUUUCUUUUUGUCUAAGAAACCUUACUUUUUCACAAUAAUUACAAUCGACUGUAACUUCACAAGGAAAAGCUCAUACUGAAGUCUGUUUUUUUUCUUUUUUGUUGUGCUGCAAAUAUUUUUUUCAUAAUCCUCACAGCCCACUGGAAGAAUUCUUUACAGCUUCCAUGAAUAAUUUCUGAUGGCAGAUUUUCAUGUUUUUUAGAAGCUACUGUUAUGUCUUUCUAUUGCAAUAAAAUGUCAAACAGAAA